AUGGUGCGGUUACCAUUGCCACAACGUCUCAGCAGCCAUCUGAGUACGAAAAGCAAUAACCCUACUCCCGGUCAAAGUAGGAGCACAAGUCCGAUGCGGAUGCCAGAACAAAAGCCGUUGAUCCUCAAGGUCUCCGUCAUUCGGGGACGAGAUCUUGCAGCUAAGGACCGAGGAGGGACCAGCGAUCCGUACUUGGUAGUCACGCUCGGAGACGCACGACAAUCAACACCCACAAUCCCCAAGACUUUGAAUCCAGAAUGGAAUGUGACAUUCGAGAUGCCAGUGGUUGGCGUACCGCUGUUGGAGUGCAUUUGUUGGGAUCAUGACAGAUUCGGCAAAGAUUACCUUGGCGAGUUCGACAUACCACUGGAAGACAUCUUCCAGAAUGGUGACGUUCAUCAGCAGCCGAAAUGGUACACACUCAAGUCGAAGCGAAAACCGACGAAGAAGAAGGACAGUAUGGUCUCUGGGGAGAUUCUUCUACAAUUUUCACUCCUCGACUCAUCAAAUCCGACCGCUUCGCCAACCGACACCUACCACAAGUUUAGAACGUUGGUGUCUUCUGGAGAUGAGGAGGAUGACUUCCCGCAGAUCCCAUCUAUCACCCUGGACGAUGCCGACAGAGAGGAAGAAACCUCGGAUGAGACAGACGACCCUACGAAGCCUGAGGUCGUCGAGAAGAGAAGACGCAGACUACGUCUCAAGCGUUUGAAGCGCAAAUCUCUUGCCGCUAGAGCAUAUCAGUUCUCUGGUGCUGGCAACGGAGUACAGGGUAUCGUUUUCAUGGAAAUUGUCAAAGUGACAGACCUUCCGCCGGAACGGAAUGUGACGCGCACUUCUUUUGAUAUGGAUCCAUUCGUGGUCACAUCCCUCGGCAGAAAGACACUGCGAACGCCGGUCGUGCGUCACAAUCUCAACCCAAUUUACAACGAGAAGAUGGUCUUUCAGGUUAUGAAGCACGAACAAUCUUAUACUAUCGGUUUCACCGUCAUGGACAGAGACAAGUUCUCCGGGAAUGACUUUGUCGCUUCCGCUUCGUUUCCGGUCCAGACGCUCAUCAAGUCCGCUCCCGAGGCCGACCCCGAAACGGGUCUAUACAAAUUCGUCGACCCGACUCUGGAUCCCGCAGGGGCUGAGCAAGGUCAUUCCAGCCGACCCUCAGAGAUAAGAAUUGCCAUCAGCAGAUCGCCUUCGGCCAAUAGCUUGUCGACUUCACCCAAAUUUGGAACAACACCCAGAGGUUCUUCUACCUCCUUAUCAAGCCAGACACUGCUGGAACAGUCUUCGACCUUGCUACCUCCGCGGAGUAUCCCUGAAGUCCCUGAGAGCAGCCAGCCCUCCACCCCAACAACGGCCGGUUUCGAAGGCGAUCCGAUCGGUCCGCUCGAGUCGAAUGGCCUUCAAGUCUAUCGGAUACAAUUGGCCCUGAAAAACAAAGAAAGAUGGGAGGAUAAACACUUUCCUGAACUAUUUGUCAAGGCCAAAUACAUGCCGUACCGUGCACUGCGGCAGCAGUUCUGGAGACUCAUGCUUAGACAGUAUGAUGCCGAUGAGAGCGGCCGGAUCGACAAAGUUGAGCUCACGACGAUGCUCGACACACUUGGGUCAACCCUGAAGGAGUCUACGAUCGACAGCUUCUUCGAACGGUUCAGCUUGGAGAAUCAGCCCAGUGAGACUAUGGAUCUGACAUUUGACCAGGCCGUGAUAUGCCUGGAAGAUACGCUACAGGCUUUGCAGAAAGACCCCAGCUCACCUCCCAAGAAACUCUCCCCCACGCCGUCGACAGCUAGCCGUGAGAGUGAUGAACAAUCUAAUGACCUGGGAGAUGAACGAGGUGUGGAGCACGUUAUCGAACUCAGGGAAUGCCCUCUCUGCCAUCAACCGCGCCUUUCGUCACGCUCCGAUGCCGACAUUAUCACACACAUUGCUACCUGUGCCAGCCGGGACUGGAGACAGGUAGACAAUCUCGUCAUGGGUGGAUUCGUAACGUCGAGCCAGGCGCAGCGCAAGUGGUACACCAAAGUGAUCACCAAGAUCUCUUAUGGCGGGUAUAAGCUGGGUGCCAACUCGGCCAACAUCCUCGUUCAGGAUCGAAUCACUGGCCAGAUCAAUGAAGAGCGUAUGAGUGUCUAUGUCCGGCUGGGCAUCCGGCUUCUAUAUAAGGGCCUCAAGAGCCGGGAAAUGGAAAAGAAGAGAAUCCGCAAGAUUCUGAAGUCGCUCAGUAUCAAACAGGGCAGGAAGUACGAUGACCCGGCAUCGGCCAGUCAGAUUCGGGACUUCAUCAACUUCCAUCAACUCGAUAUGUCAGAGGUCUUGCUCCCAGUGGAGAAGUUCAAGACUUUUAACGAAUUCUUCUACCGUGCCCUCAAGCCCGGUGCUCGCCCCUGCUCGGCCCCUGAUGAGCCCGGAAUCGUAGUAUCGCCAGCCGAUUGCCGAGCUGUUGUGUUUGACCGCAUGGAGGAAGCGACCGGCAUCUGGGUUAAGGGUAGAGAGUUUUCCGUUGCUCGACUUCUGGGCGACGCAUAUCCCGAGGAUGUGCAGCGCUUCAAGAAUGGGGCUCUGGGAAUCUUCCGUCUCGCGCCGCAGGACUACCACCGCUUUCAUAUCCCUGUGGACGGUGUUUUGGGCGAGCCCAAGACUAUUGAAGGUGAAUAUUACACGGUCAACCCAAUGGCGAUCCGUUCUGCGCUGGACGUCUAUGGCGAAAAUGUGCGGGUUCUGGUACCCAUUGAUUCGGUUGCUCACGGCCGUGUCAUGGUGGUUUGCGUGGGAGCCAUGAUGGUGGGAAGUACGGUCAUUACACGGCAGGCGGGAGAAAAGGUCUCCCGGGCUGAAGAGCUUGGAUAUUUCAAGUUUGGAGGAAGCACUCUAUUGCUCCUCUUCGAAGAGGGUGCUGUGAACUUCGACAGCGACCUAGUGGACAAUUCGAAGGGUCCUUUGGAAACAUUGAUUCGAGUCGGCAUGUCUGUGGGCCACAGCCCUGGCGUCGCUCAGUUUGAGCCCGACAUGCCGAAGAAGUCAGAGGAUGUCUCUCUGGAGGAGAUGCAAGCCGCCAAGCGCCGAAUUGAAGGCAGUCUGGCACCACCGACUGAUGCGGCGGCCUUCGAGUAG